GUGGUGGGAUGGAGCUCGCCGAAAGAGGGGUACGAUGGGAUGAUAGAGGAGGCGCGGAAGCUGCUGCUGAUGCACCCCGAUCGCAAGAAGAGCGAGGAGGACGCGGUGACCAUUCUACGAGCCCACUUCCCGCCCUUCCUUCUGCUGCUCUUCAAGAGGUUCUUUGCUCCAUUGUGGGGUGGCCGAGUUGCUGCUGUGCUCUGUGCGUGGGUGACGCACCUCGCCUGUCAGUGGCUCAUGGGGCCCAGCAAGGUGGUGGAGAUAGAGAUGGAGGACGGCCGAAAGCAGCUCUCAGGGGUGAAGAUAGAGAAGUGCAAGUUCCUGGACGAAUCAAAGUGUGCUGGCAGCUGCAUUCACACAUGCAAGAUGCCCACUCAGGCGUUUAUGUUUCAGGACAUGGGCGUGCCGCUGCUCAUGGAGCCCAAUUUCGAGGAUUUCAGCUGCGAGUUCAAGUUCGGAGUGCAUGCCCCCCUUCGAGACACCGACCCUGUGCUGCUCACGCCCUGCCUUGCCACCUGCCCCAUUCGCUUCCCGUCUCGCUCCUACUCCUCCUCCUCCCCCUCCUCCUCCUCCUCCCCCUCCUCCCCCUCCUCUCUCUCUCCUUCCCCCUCCUCUUCCACUUCCUCCUCCCCACUAGUGGACCCUCAGGCUCCACCAUGCGCCUAG